AUGACACCACCUGAUGAACGUGCUCUCGAUGAAUCAUUAAAAGAAAUUACAGAAGAUGAUAAUCCAACAUCUGAUCAAUAUGUUCGUCUUGAAGAACAAUCUGAUGUUGCAAAUGAUCAACAGGUAAAGAACAAUAGUCCUUAUAAGAUGAAGUUAAUUAUCCUGAUGAUGAACUUAUUCAUACAGUAUCUGCAACUUUAUAAUCUGAUUAUUCAACUACUUGAACAAGAGAUCACAUAAAAUUUCUCAAGAGAUUUUAUUAUUGAACACUUAUAUCAGUACUCCUACGAAUCAUUUCUAAUAUAUUUACUCACCCUCACCCUUAAGAUGAAGUUGUCAGCGUUUAUAGAGCUUUUAAUUCUAAGUAAUUUGAUAAAAAAAAGUUUUUCUUUCGAUAGAAAUAGACCCUAAAUACUUCAAGCAAAAAAUCUCAAAAAACGGCUUUUUUUUUAAUAGUUCAAAAAAAUUCUUUUUGAUAGGUUAGAUCACUAAAGACAAGAUCAAAAAUAAAAUUCAAGAUCAUAUUCAAAUUGUUCGUGAAAAGGCACAUCAGAUCAUAUUAAAUUGUACUUUGGGUCGAAAAAAAUAGAGUCCCAACCAAAUAAUGUUUUAUUGAGUAAAGGACAGUCAUAUAUUCUUUUUUUUUAGUUUCUCUCUCUUAUAAUGAGACAUUUAUAUUAUUAUAAUAACAUAUUUAGGUAACAAAGCAAUUUGAUUCUUAUUUAUAUUUAUUUGUUAAACAAGAUAAAGUAGAUUUUUGUUUUAUCAGAAAAAUCAUUAUUUCAUUGAAAUGCAUUUUGUAGAAGUAAACCGAGAAGAUUCAUUAAUAUUCGAAGAUCUAGUAUUUUGUAACAUCGAUUAUAAUAAAAAUGAACUAAUAAAUGAUUGAUUACUUUUCUCAGAACUCUAAAACAAAAACAUUUUAUGAAAAAAAAGAAUCGCUUUUUCGUCAUCACAGUUCUUUAUUUGACAUGCAUAUUUCUUUCCAAUUAUCAUAUGAAAGACAACCAUUUUUAUACAAAUACGAGAAAAUUAUUUACUGCACAUGUCUUUUUCAAUUGUGUAACUUCUUCUAUAAACUUUUAUUCAACCUUUUCUUUUCUAUUAGAAAUUUUCUUUUACUUUAUCUAGAUGAUGUUGUGUUAUUAAUUCCAUAUAAAAGAAACAGCAACAUAUAACUUUCGAAGAUACUAGACAUCUUAUUAUAAUUACUAUAUCGGGAAAAAUUUCUACUGGAAAAGUAUUGAAACAACUAUAAAAUUGAGUAGAUAUUUCUAGUAGACAUUCACUGAAUGUUUUACUUUAUUGGAUACUCGAUUAUAUACUUAGAUAUCUCAAAACUCUACAAAGAUACAAACAAUAUGUAUUUACAAAUCAAGAAUAAUUAUAAAGUUGUCUUAGUAUUUCCUAUUCGGAAUACUUUCCAAGAACUACUAGAUGAG